UUAAAACUUUUCUGAUGAUACCAAGUCAAAAAUCAAAUAAAUGGAAUAAAAUAUCAUUCUGUAUUUGGUCAUUUAUAAGUAUCAAGCAGAAAAGAAACAAAAAAAAUACACUCGUAUGACAACACCUAAUGAAUAAUGAAAAACUUUUUAAAACGGCUAAAAAAUAUACUACUUACGCCUUUAUUCGAUAAACGCAUUCGGACGCAUAUAUGCGUUGCCGGGAGCCAAAGAGUUAAUAAUUCGCGUCUGUUAGUUUUUUUUUUCGAAGAUAUUCUUAAGUUAUGUCUAAUGCAAAAUUUUCAUCGAUUUCAAAAACUUUGUUUUGUAUUUCACAAAAAUAUAUUUAGAUCGAGAUCGUUCAAUCUAAUUGGGUAAAAAUUUUAAUAUUGAAGGUAUUCCAACUUUAGUUGUUCUUUCUCCUACAUGUGAGAAAAUAACUUCGGAUGGUGUCGAAGAAGUACAUGCUGCAUCCAAUAAAGCUUUGGAAGCAUGGUCACAAGGAAAACGUUUAUUUUGGUCACGUGAAGCCCGUGAAGGUGAAUUUGUUUGGAAAGAUGUUACUUGUAAUCUUUGUUAUAUGAAUCCUUUGAUUGGUUCACAUCAUGGUUGCACACAAAAAGGAUGUAGAUUUGAUUUAUGUGAAACAUGUUUACCAAAUAAUAAACAUGAACAUUCUCUUGUUGAAUAUCUCAUACCUAAGAAAACUUAUCCAUUAGAAAAAUUAUUUAAAUCAGUUCCUUAUUUACUCAAUCCAAAUAGUGAUGAAAAAAUUGAAACAAAAACAUUAUGGGAAAAUGAUGUUAAAAGUGUUGGAUUUUAUUUUUCUGCUCAUUGGUGUCCACCUUGUCGUGGUUUUACACCGAUAUUGGCAGAACUUUAUAAAGAAAUACAAGCAACGUCUCAUGGUUUUCGUAUAGUUUUUAUAUCAUGUGAUCGAGAUGAAGAAUCAUUCAAAAAUUAUCAUUCAGAAAUGCCUUGGCCUGCUGUUCCAUUGCAUGCAGGUGAUCUUCUUAAGUCAUAUUUUCGAUUUUCUGGUAUUCCAUCGUUAUUCAUUCUUUCAUCAGAUGGAACAGUUUUAUCAAGUCGUGGUCGUAGUGAUGUUUCAUCUAAAGGAAUCGAAGCACUCAAAACAUGGGCACGAGGAGAAAAAUUACCAUCGCCUUCGCCUGAUGAAUAUCAAUGGUCACAUGUUCGAUGUGAUGGAUGCAACAUGAGUCCUCUUAUUGGUCAAAGAUAUUGUUGUUUAACAUGUGGUAAUUAUGAUCUAUGUUCGGCAUGCGAAAAGAAAGGACAUGAACAUCCACUUGAACGUGUACCACAACCAAAUGAUGACGAUGAUUGA